ACCACGAGGCACACAAGGUGGAGAGCCCUCCCUUCUCCAUUACUGCUCCUCACUCAAGCUUCUUGAGCUUCUCUUGCUCAUCCAAGAUGUGCGAGAGAAGGAAUGGGGAGUGGAGAGCAGCAUCCCCCACUGACGCGCGGGACCCCUUCCUUCCUUUCUUCACCGCGAUGGGGAGAGCAGCCGCCGCUGCCUUGCAGGCCACGGCAGCGAGGAGGCGAGGGAUCCGGAGGCGAGACGGCCCGCUACACCAGCUUCCUCGAGGAACCCAUGGGCCCGCCGCUCGGGACGAUGACGGGUGGGUCCUCCCGUUCGAACCCGCGGCCUCCCGCUCGCUCCCUCCCGCCGGCGACGGGAGGAAGCGGGCUGACAGGUCGCCAUGGCUGCACUCAUUCGUGGAGCUCGGGCUGGGCGCGGCGGCCCAGGCCGCGCUCAGGGACGGCAGAGGGGGCGCGUCGUCGACGACGUGCCUGCACAGGUUAUUGGUCCUUUAGGCAACCAGUGGUUGUACUGGCAGGGCGGAAAUGCGAAUGUCUCCAGGGAGCCAACCAAGGCUGAGAUCAAGGAGCAGCUCAUGUUCCAAAGGCUGGAGUCCUCUCCCAAAGUUGCUCCUGAGGAGCUCUUGAUUUAUGCUGUCACAGAUGCUCUUGCCCGUCAGCCUCAACCCAUUGUUGAUAUGCUGAACGCGAUUGUGGUCAGAUACAAUAGAAUGGGAGAUAUGCGGCGCCAAUACUUGUUUAAGAAGAUCGAAGGUUUUCAAGGAAAAGAGAUGUUUCAGAUGUUGAAGAAAUUACAGGAGGACAAGGAAGAAGUUGAAGGUAGAAUAGAAGAUGUAAGAAGCGCUGGAGGCUUCUGCCCCCCAUUACCUUGAGGUCUUUGUUGAACUUCCAAAGUUAAUAUGACAGGUACUUAAUGCUUGCUAGAAGAAACAAUGUUUGAUCCUGAAAAAUCAUGCCGAAGGUGGUGAUAGCAGAGGUGACGGUACAGCAAGGAUGAUAGGACACUGCGUAGUUGGAUGUGAUAGGAUACAAUGUGUAGUUGGAUGAGGUACAGCAAGGAUGAUAGGAACAAUGUGUAGCUGGAUAAGCUACAGCAAGGAUGAAACGAUCAAAUGUAUAGUUGGCGGCAAACUGCCCUUAGGUUAUACUCCCUCUGUUCCGAUUUACUCGUCGCCCUUAGGUUACAAGAAUGAACAAGAUGAUAAACCGCUUUUCAGGAUUCGUGUGAGGCUACAAGAAUGAACUCCACUUGAGGAUUUCUGCUCUGUUGGUUUCUGUACAGUUAGUAUCUGCCGUGUUAACAUUGUUGGUGCGGAAAUGAGAUAAACCAACCUGGUCUGGUGAUCUGUUGUUGUUUUGCUUUA